AUGUUAGAAUUGGGGUCCGUUUCGGUGGCGUUUGAACCUGAAACUCUACAAAACGAGCAGUCUGGAAACAUAACUCAAAACUUUUUCGACGAUGUCAAUCUUAAGAUAUGCACUGUAAGAAAUAACGGUUCUCUUGGGAUCACGGCCAAGUCACUCGCCGAAAACGACGUUAUUUCUGCGCGCACGAAAGAUCGUGGUCCUCCUGGUUUGAUGAAGUUAUCGCCCAAUGGCAAGUUCGCAAUCCUCCAACGUCAAAUUAACUCUGUGGACAUAAUACUCUUGGAAAAGAAUGACGGCACAACUGCGGUUGAGUUCAAUGUGCCUACAAAGUCCAAAGAUAUGAUUCUCAGUGUUGAUUGGAUUACUAAUAGUCAGCCACUUGGUCGCUCUUUUAUGUCUGCCAAUUCAAGCUUAAUAAUAUUGGCGACUGGCAUUAACUGUACGACACUUCAACCCUUUCUCAUACAGCAUGGUCAAUUUACGAGAUUGAAAAGUUUUGAUGUGGACUCCAGUACGCCUUUGAGCGAAAAUUUGCUGGAGAAAGAUGUGACGAUAACAUCCAUAUACGGUAAAGUAUGUGUGAUGGUAUUGCGAUAUAGCGCUGGUGGUUCCAAUGCUACCGAUCUCAUGAUAUACGAACUCACUUCCGAUAUACAAUGUGCUGCCAAAAUGAAAUAUUCGUUGGCCUUAGGAUGCUCGGGAGGAUUUGGCAUCCAUGUAAUCGAUAACCUUAUCAUAGUUCAUCAUCAGGUGACAGCGAAGUCUAUGAUAUUUGACGUUGCACUUUCGCCCAAUCGACCUACGCAUUCUCCGCUGAUUAUUACUUCUAUAAGACCAUCACCAAUCUGCCAGCCACCUCCCGCGUUGUACGUUCCUCUCUGGUCCAUGUUUCAGCCUGAUAUUGUUGUCGAUCCGGUUGCUGGAAUGAUGUAUCAGCUGACUGUGCGCUGUGAUCGGGCGCCUGAAGUAAUUGUGGAUAAGUGUACACUUGUCGAAUUUCUAAUUCAUCGUACUAAUCAAAAAUCUCUCGUUCUGAGUACACUUCUCGAUUGCUUGAAGCAUAAAAUGCUACGGCUACGGCAGGUUCGGAAGUUGUUUGACCUCAUUGUGGAAAAAUUCACUCUAUCUUUAGCAGCCGAGGCCAACCACACAGAAUCAACAAAGUCACAGCUGAUUCCUGUCGAUGUAGAACACAUGCGCAUCGAGCAAGCAGAAAUGCAAAGUAGUAUCUUCAUUCCGCUUAUGGAAAGCUCAAUGAAGGAUUCUAAAUAUGCUGCUGACAUUAUGCUGCAAUAUCUCCGAAGUCUUCAUCGUCACUUUGUCCCUAUAGAAGCAUAUUUUCUCGAAUUGGUAGUCGAAUCCCUAGCUUCUUCUGGAGAAAUGAGUAAACUUCAUCAGCUUGUAACAUAUAAGGUUAUUUUCGAUUCGAAACCGCUGGCAUUCCUUUUAUUAUCUUAUGAGGCCAGAUGUCCAUCGCUUUUCCAGUCUGGUAUAGACAUUCUGGCGCGGCAGAAGGCUUGUGAUGAAAUUGUGGAAGUACUUCUCGAAAGAGGACAUGUAGUAGACGCGAUGAGUUCGCUCUACACAAGUGAGGAAAUCAAAGAAGCAGUAGACGAAGUGUCGAAAGCUGCCUGA